AGCAGCGGCGGGCUUUCAGUCAUUUGAAUUCAAGCGAUUGAACAAGCAAGUCAAGCAAGCGAAGCUAACAAAGCGUUUUCUACAAAGUGUUUACAAGUGAAUUUGAAUCGAAGCAAAGCAAAUCAGAGAAAAUGGUGAAAUCUCCAGCAGUUGGUAUCGACUUGGGAACCACCUACUCCUGCGUGGGAGUCUGGCAGCAUGGAAAAGUCGAGAUCAUCGCCAACGACCAAGGUAACAGAACCACCCCAAGUUAUGUUGCCUUCACCGACACCGAGCGUCUUCUCGGCGACGCUGCGAAGAACCAAGUUGCCAUGAACCCCAGCAACACCAUCUUCGACGCGAAACGAUUAAUUGGAAGGAAAUUCGACGACCCGAAGAUCCAGCAAGAUAUCAAACACUGGCCGUUUAAAGUUAUCAAUGACUGCGGCAAACCCAAGAUCCAAGUCGAGCACAAAGGCGAAAUUAAGAAGUUUGCACCGGAGGAGAUCAGUUCGAUGGUGCUGACGAAAAUGAAGGAAACCGCUGAAGCGUAUUUGGGAACAUCUGUAAGGGAUGCUGUUAUCACAGUCCCGGCAUAUUUCAACGACUCCCAGAGGCAAGCUACGAAAGAUGCCGGUGUUAUCGCCGGUUUGAACGUCAUGAGGAUCAUCAAUGAACCGACAGCAGCGGCUUUGGCUUAUGGGCUUGACAAGAAUUUGAAGGGCGAACGAAACGUCCUUAUUUUCGACCUGGGUGGCGGCACUUUCGAUGUUUCCAUCUUAACCAUCGACGAAGGGUCGUUGUUCGAAGUUAAAGCCACUGCAGGUGACACCCACCUGGGUGGUGAAGACUUCGACAACCGCCUUGUUAACCACUUGGCCGACGAAUUCAAACGCAAAUACAAGAAAGAUCUGAGAAGCAAUCCGAGGGCUUUACGGCGAUUGAGAACCGCCGCUGAAAGAGCGAAGCGAACCUUGUCUUCAAGCACCGAAGCAUCGAUUGAAAUCGACGCCCUCUUCGACGGAAUCGACUUCUACACCAAGAUCAGUCGAGCAAGGUUCGAAGAAAUGAACGCCGAUUUGUUCAGGGGGACACUACAACCUGUCGAGAAAGCCCUGACCGACGCUAAAAUGGACAAGGGAAUGAUCCACGACAUCGUCCUCGUCGGCGGCUCCACCCGAAUCCCGAAAAUCCAACAACUGCUCCAGAACUAUUUCAACGGAAAACCACUGAAUCUCUCAAUUAACCCUGACGAAGCCGUCGCCUACGGUGCCGCCGUCCAAGCGGCUGUCUUGAGCGGUGAAACCGAUUCGAAGAUCCAGGACGUGCUCCUCGUAGACGUGACUCCCCUAUCACUAGGUAUCGAAACCGCCGGAGGCGUGAUGACGAAGAUCAUCGAACGCAACGCAAGAAUCCCAUGCAAGCAAACGCAAACCUUCACAACUUACGCCGACAACCAACCGGCCGUCACCAUCCAAGUCUUCGAGGGUGAAAGAGCCAUGACAAAAGACAACAACCUUUUGGGAACCUUCGAUUUAACGGGAAUUCCACCAGCACCACGUGGAGUCCCGAAAAUCGAAGUCACUUUCGACCUGGACGCCAACGGCAUCCUGAACGUCUCCGCUAAAGACACCAGCUCCGGUAAUUCACGCAAUAUUACCAUCAAGAACGACAAAGGAAGAUUAUCACAGAAAGACAUCGAUAGGAUGGUGGCAGAGGCUGAACAAUAUAAAGAGGAGGAUGAGAAGCAGAGACAGAGAAUUGCGGCCAGGAAUCAAUUAGAGGGUUACAUCUUCCAAUUGAAACAGACUAUUUCCGAACAAGGGAGCAAAUUAAGCGAAGCUGACAAAGAAACUGUAACGAGGGAAUGUGACAGCUGCUUGCAGUGGUUGGAUGCCAACACUCUGGCCGAGAAGGAGGAAUAUGAAGAUAAACAGAAACAAUUAUCGUCCAUCUGUGCUCCAAUUAUGGCUAAAUUGUACCAACAAGGCGGUCAGGGAGGUAUGCCUGGGGCUGGAGGAAGCUGUGGACAACAGGCCGGCGGCUUUGGAGGUCAACGACAAGGAGGACCAACAAUUGAAGAAGUUGAUUAAGCAUUCCUUAAGAAUUUUAACUUUAAUUUCUCUUAAAAACCUUUUUUUUCUAAUAGUAUUAUGUUAAAUGCAGUCACUAUUGAAAUAAUGUGAUAUUGUUAUGUAAAUAUUAUUAGAGACUGAUUUCUUUUUGUAGUACUUUAUUAAAAUCUUAAAUAAACUCUUUAGUUUCUUAA